CAAGAGAACUCUGCAGUCAAAUCAUCCCAUCGUGACACCGCGCGUCGGAUCUCGAGGGGGGUGGAUUCGAGCUGAGAUGGGGCCUUAUCACGGUGUGUCUGAGUUUUACAAGACGUUCCCAUGAGAGUCUGGUCGGGAGUCGGCAUAUGCGUCCGCUUCGACUCUCUGUUCGCCCCUUCUCCGCUCACCAGAUUGCCCGGACUCGACGCCAAUCUUGUAUGUCCUAAUGAACGUCUUCAAGUUCCCAAUCAACUGGACCGAUUCGCAAGGCUAUCUUGAUCCCGAUAGCUUGCGAAUCCAAUGCUUAAUCGACGCACGGUCCCUGAUGGGCAGGCCGCGCCUUCAAGCGAAAAUCAUGGCAUAUCUGCUGUCUCUUCUCACAACGCACCGCAUUCUAUCGCGCAUGUCAUAAUCCUUCCACCACUGAGAAGAUCUUCUGGCAAUAGCUAUACACCCGCCCUAGAAACAUUCCAAGCCCCUCACGUGACCGACCACGUACCCAGAAAUGAAGAUGAGCGUCAUAACGAAAAUGCGAAGGUCCAGACUGCGGGUGCUGGUUUACCACACCACAGCGACGUUGCAUCGUCUUUUCCUCCGACGAACCCCGAUUACGCAAUGCCCACCCUCCGUUCAUCUCAUUCAUCAUCGCCGCCAGCCUUUACCUCUCGACUCCCCAGGAGUCCUCCCUUCAGCCCCCCUCUUGCUACCAAUUGCGAUGAGGACGGAUCUGAGCAUUCUAUGUCCUCGAACCAGCCUGUUCAAGAGCCGGCCAACCACAUUGCCCGCAAGGGCAUUCUCUCCGUGCCAGAUGGAGGAGUGACACGCUCCUACAUGACAGAGACAGCCUCGUCCACUUCGACAACGUCUCGUACUCAAGAUGUGUGUCGAGGUUGUCGGAAAUCUGGCAAUCAGCUUUUGCCACUAAUACCAUGCAGCAAAUGUCGUCGGGGUUUCCACAAAGGAUGCGGAAACCCCAAACCCUCUCAAAGCACAAAUUUUGAAACCUUCGUAUGUGGAAAUUGUCUAAAGAGGGAUCUUAAAGCUGUGGCUAGUGAGAAUUCCACGAUCCAAAUUCCGACUCCUAGGGCCUCUACUGAAGCUUAUCAACCCACCACUUUGGCCAAUGCUGCCACCUCUUCCAGUCAGACAGCUGCUUCCAGCGUCAAUAAGGUGCCACCUGGCAAUGGAAUUCCCACUGGACCUCGAGGUCACUUGAAAGAUGCACCGAACGGUUCGAAGGAUGUGAUUCCUAUGAUCCAGAGCGAUCGGUACAAACGUAUUACAUGUCCUUGGUGGCAAGAUAACGAUUGUGCCUUUGCUGAACGUCAUUGUGAAUUUGCACAUACAGACACUGGCAAAUACGCCCCGAAGUUGCCCAAUUUUCCACCUAUACCUGCCAAAGACUUCACUUGUCAUCUUUGGCUUGACGGACAGUGUUGCCGGGACGGGAGAGAUUGUUGUUACGCUCACAAUGAUACUGGCUUAUACUUCAGCAGCAAUGAAAGAGCAACUAGGAAACACGUUACAUGCUACUACUGGCAUACAUCGCACUGCGAACUGGCUGAGGAGGCGUGCUCUUACGCACAUAAGGAGACUGGCAGAAUCCAAUGGCAACCAGCCGAGGACGCUCAAAGUCAUCCAGGACCCUACUCUCUGCAGUCGUACGCGUGUCCGUGGUUGGCAAAACACCAGCCAUGCAGAUUUCAGAAGGAUGGAAAAUGCCCGUAUUCUCAUGCCCUGGGUGGCAUGUCCUCUCUUGGAGUCGAGGCAAUUUCCCAUCUCAACCAGACUUUAUCGUCUACGAGCACUUCUCGUUCACCAUCCCCUGGCCAGCCUUCACCGCUUUUGUAUGCCAGAAGUGCCCGACAGAUUCCAGUGAACGUCCGCCUCGCCAGCCUUCCGAGUGACGGCGCGCCAAGACAUCCUCCAAACAACCGGGAUAGCCUUGGCCAAGAGCCAUCAAGCGACUCCCCAAGCAAGCCUCUAAGGUCUUCAAUUCAGACCUCAAAUUUGAAUGCUAAUGUGCAGAUACCUGUAAAAACCUCCCCAAAGAGGCACAUGGCCAGAAGGUCGAGUCCUCUUGACCCAAGCCGGCGAAAUAUAGCCAUCGUCGUGCCGCAGCAAGCUUCCAAUACUCCAGCAGCCCAGCAAGUCAUGGGCAGCAACACAGAAAAUCUGCCCCCAAUAACCACCUUGCCAUUCUUAAACGAGCAACAUUCCCCAGAGAUGUUGGAGGGAUUUCUACCACUGAACGGUGCUCCGACGCCCCGCGAGAUGAUCCUUCAGCAAGCUCUCGUUGCUAACAAGUUGAAACGACGAGGAUCCGGUGGUUCAUCAACUGUAUACAAGAGACCUCGACUAAUGGCAACACCACCAGAGCAUCCCCAGGUGAGAGGCGAUGUCACUGGCUUGAGGCUCCCCGUUCAUGAGAGCGCAGUCCUCGAUGAAAGACCAUCUUUGACAGGCAUGGCCCAGCUGGCUAUUUCUGACUGGGAACAAGCGGAUAUGACUCGGGCACACAGGCUUGAUGCCAUGGUAGAGGAGUUGCUACCAGAUACGCACACGCCUCAGCUAGCGUCAUCUGAAAGGCUCUCAGAUUGUCAAAACUCAAUAUCAGCCAUCUCCACGUUAACCUCCAUGACAAGAGGUGACAGCAACCCCACAUCCGAUCAGAAUGAACUGGCUGCAAGCGAGACUGGUGAUACAGGCAGCAUUUAUCAACCAGAAACUCGUCCAUCUUCUUCGGAUAGUUCUCGCCAAUCCAAUCAGGGUCAACCGCUCAUGGCGGUGAAUGGGGAGACAUCUUUCCAGGCUCCCACGACUGGGUCCUUGAGUACAGAUCUAGUGUGGCCAACUGGCCUGUCUAGACGAUGUUAUAGAUGCGCGGAGCAGGGACACCACAGGCGAUGUCUGCAUGGUGUGAACGGCCUUUUGGAACCCAGAAAAUGUUUAAAGUUCAUCCGCGAUCAUCGAAUGCGGUAUCCAGGACGCAAGAGACUCACACGUCAAGAAUGGGACGCGGUUGUCGCGAUGGCGAAAGCUUCGUUCCCAUCCGACUCUGACAUACAAGCGUUAGAUGGGCCUGAAGACGAAGCUGUCGAUAUUGACGAAGCUCCAGGACCCAUAGAGGGCGACGAUCUGCGUACGAGCGCUCCUUCCUCUGCACAGGAUCCGAUGCGGGCCGAAAGUGCUGCACCAGCAAUUCAAGUCAACGAAACAGCUUCGGGGGCUUUAUCCAGCCUAGAUCUGAACCACGACCCCCAGCCCGUAAGAACGGCAGUUCAGCCACGUGAUCGGCCCGGCGCUGACGGCGAAACGGCAAUCCAGAAACUACAAGCUCGUGGUGUUCAGUUUGAGUCAGAUACGGACGGGGAUGAGGACGGCGAGGUAGUAGACGAUCCGCCCCCGCGGCGGAUCGAAGCCCUUUGGCAACCUCGGUCCUCCAAGCACUUGUUUGAGCUUGACCGACGUUGGGACAGCCAAUUCGAAGACCGCGCCUAUGCAAGCUCGAUUUCUCGACCCCCCAAAAAGGAGAUUGUCGGAAACUUGCUCAAGCACCAAUGCUCCGACCGCAAGCGCAAGUUCGGAAAUCCUCAUCAGGAAGUCCGCCGGGGCGUACGCCAAGUCGAGGUUCGAGCGUUGGUGCAGAUGGAUCGGAGCACGGAUCCCCAAGAGAUGCCGCAGCUGGUCGAGGAGGAGAAGACGAUGACGUUCGGCGAAUUCAUGGGCAUGCCAAAGGCGCCCGUCAUCGCACCGACCAGGCACAAGGACGAGCUGGACUACAUGGACCAACAGCCCGAACUCGACCGAGGCACCCAACACGGUGGUGGCAUCGCCGCCCACAGGGCACGACGCAUCAGAGAAGACGACAGGUUUCCCUUUGUGUACACUAGUAGUCGGUCAUGACACGAGAUUAAAUUUGCUCGUCG